CGUGUGAGGUCAUCGCGCGGGCGCGCGGGCGGGGCAGGGCGGUUUGAACGAGACGAAGACGGAACCGGAGCCGGGUACGGGCACUGGACGAGGUUCAGUUGAGAGCCGAAGAUGGCAGUGAAUGUAUACUCGACGUCAGUCACCAGCGAUAACCUGAGUCGACAUGACAUGUUGGCUUGGAUCAAUGAGUCCCUGCAGUUGAAUCUGACAAAGAUCGAACAGUUGUGCUCAGGAGCUGCUUAUUGCCAAUUUAUGGACAUGCUGUUUCCGGGCUCCAUUGCCUUGAAGAAAGUGAAAUUCCAAGCUAAGCUAGAGCACGAAUACAUUCAGAACUUCAAAAUACUGCAGGCAGGUUUUAAGAGGAUGGGUGUUGACAAAAUCAUUCCCGUGGACAAAUUAGUAAAAGGGAAGUUUCAAGACAAUUUUGAAUUUGUUCAGUGGUUCAAGAAGUUUUUUGAUGCAAACUACGAUGGCAAAGACUAUGACCCUGUAGCUGCCAGACAAGGUCAGGAGACGGCGGUGGCCCCUUCGCUUGUUGCUCCGGCUCUGAAUAAACCGAAGAAACCUCUGAGCACUAGCAGUGCAGCCCCACAGAGGCCCAUUGCAACACAGAGAACUGCUGCUCCUGCUAAGACCGGCCCGGGCGUGGUGAGGAAGAGCCCAGGUGUGGGCAACGGGGAUGACGAGGCAGCCGAAUUGAUGCAGCAGGUCAAUGUGCUGAAGCUCACCGUUGAAGACCUGGAGAAGGAGAGAGAUUUCUACUUUGGGAAGCUGAGGAACAUUGAGUUGAUCUGCCAGGAGAACGAGGGGGAAAACGACCCCGUGCUGCAGAGGAUUGUGGACAUUCUCUACGCCACAGAUGAAGGCUUUGUGAUACCAGAUGAAGGGGGCCCGCAGGAGGAGCAAGAAGAGUAUUAGCAGCCUGGACCAGCAGAGCACCAUCCGAAUUCUUCACUCCAAAUCAAAUCAUGUGCUUCACUGUAAAAUACUCCCCUUUAUGAUCCUUAGAGGACUCCCUGGUUUCUUUUCAUAAGCAGAAAGCACCUCCUCUUCAAGUGCACUUUGCAGAAGCCUCACUCCUCUUUCCAUGCGUUUGAGUUAGGAGCUUUCUACCUUGUAGCAGAGCAGUAUUAACAUCUAGGUGGCUCACCCAGAGAGCAGAGGUUCACCCCAGGGCUCACUGUGCGCUUGCUGGAGACGGUGUCAGCGGAGAAAUACAAAGACUGAAUUGAAUUGUAAGCUAAUGUGAAAUCUUGGCAGAGAACAUUUACUAAAUAAAUAAUGCCUUAAGAGUAUUUAAAAUAUGCUUCCAUAUUUCAAAAUAUAAAGUACAACAUGACAGGAGAGUCCGUGUGUUUUGACAUUGUUGGGGAAUGCGGGGCCAGAUCUUGGACCCUUGUUCGGGAUGGGCGGCUGGUCGACCUUGUGGGGCUGCUGGAACCCUUGGAGGCCGAGCCUCUGGCCGGACAGGAUAGCGGAGAUGAGAGUUGCUCUGUGAAGCCUUUGAAUGCCACGACCAGAUGCCUCCCUGCCUAAUACAUCCAGAGUCACCGGUGCCGGAUGGAGAGCGAGUGUGCCUCAGCCCCGAGGCGCUGCAGUCGGAGAGCUCGGUUUUCCAGAGCAUUUCUCCCCCUUGUCUCCCCGGUGACCCCCCACAUUUCUAUGUGCUGUGUUCUGUGGGGGAAGUAAGGUGUGUCCAGUUCUUCAACCUCAUAAACUACCCUUGGGGGCCGGCCCACAUCUGUGGGAUUGGGCUGGGGGCUGGGUCCUAUUUUGAUGUCUUUUAAGUUUACAUUUAACCUGUUUUUCUCUUCUCUGCUCCCCUGUCUUCCCACCCCCCCACCCCCGACCCCCCGGACUCCUUUGUUGGCACCUUCAAGUUUGCCGCUUCGAGUCCAAGCCUAGCAGGCAGGUGACGCUGCUGCCAGUUCCGCCCGGACCUCUGGCCAAGGGAGUGAGCUGUGAGGGUGCUCGCUCCCUCCCUCGGGCUCCGCACGGCUCGGGUGUCCUCAGUCCCCGCCGCCCACAGCACUCCACUGGGAUGGGAAUGCUUGGCCAGUGCACUUGUUAUCUCUCUGGAGAUAAAAUUGGUUAGCGUGUUACUAAGUGUUCGCUUUCUUUUGCAGAGAAUGCAGUUCCAUGUCUGAUUUAAUGAUUAAUAUUUAAACUAUUUCAUUCCUUAACCCCCUCAUUUGCUUCUGCCCACGGCCUGUUCCAGUCCCCUUCGCUCGGCAGAACUCUGCAAACUGUGUCGCCCACUACUGAGAUUGUUCCACCCUUGAUGUGUUUGUAUCGAUUUGUUUCUGGUGGUAGCUUGUCCUGUAAUGUGUGUAGAAAGCAGGUGUUUUAUGAUAAACUUGUUGUGUAGUGCAUGCUCUGUGUGGAAUUCAGAGGAAAAAAACAGAUUCUGUGAUUAACAAUGCCAAAAAAACAACAAAAAAGAAAGGAAAGGAAAGAAAAACAAGUUAUCAGCCAUUGUUCAGAUGACAGUGGUGCUAUUCCUCUUUUGUGGCCUUUUAGACUUUCGUUGCCCUAAAACUCCAGUUUAUUGGGAACCCAUUUUCCACCUGGUGUUUCUUGACAGGGUUUUUUUCUACUUUAAACAGUUUCUAAAUAAAGUUCUGUAUUUCAA